AUGACAAGCACACAUGAUGUUGAUAAAUUAGGCACGCCAGACGAACGACGUGGUUUACUCUCGAAUGUUGACGACGUAGACGUUGUCCAACCUGACCUCGAGGAGCAACCCACUUCCCCUGCGACCUCACACAAACGCAAACGUUUUGCUGGAUUCAGUGUUCUCCUCUCGCUUAUUCUCGCUGCCACCCUAUUUGAACUCUGGCCCCGUACUCGAUACGACACGAGAAUCGGGAGGGACGCAUUGUACUCGAAUGGAACACACGAGUUCAAGAAGACAGUGCUUAUGGUUUCGAUCGAUGGUCUUCGUGCGGAUUAUCUGGAUCGUGGGCUUACCCCACAUUUGCUAGAUAUCAGUCGGGAAGGUCUGAGGGCAAAGUACAUGAAGCCUGUUUUCCCCACUCUGACGUUUCCAAAUCACUGGUCACUGAUGACUGGCCUCUACGCCGAGUCGCACGGCAUCAUUGCGAACAACUUCUGGGACCCCAUUUUCCGAGAUACAUUCCAUUAUGCUCGUGUCGAAUCCGCGCAGAACCCGAGCUGGUGGCUCGGCGAACCUAUGUGGGAAACUGCCGAACGUGCGGGCAUCAUCACUGCAAACCUCAUGUGGCCUGGCCCUUGGUCUACAUCCUCGGGCAUGAACUCGACAUAUUUUCUACCUUGGGAGAAUAAUUACGCUCUCGAGAAGAAACUUUCCAAUCUCUUAGAGUGGAUUGACCUCCCGCUGGAAGAGCGGCCGCAGCUUAUUCUUGGUGUGUUCUUGCAUCUGUUCCUUUCUCUACUUCUGGACGAAUAUAUCUUUUGCUCUAAGCGGGACGGUGUUAUUUCUUCUGCUUGGUACGAACCGUCGCUAGACCAAGCUGGCCAUGCAACAGGACCGAUGUCUAAGGCUGUUAAUAUGAGUCUUGCAGCUGUCGAUCUUUUCGCUCGGAACCUGACCCAAGCAUUAGGCGAGCGUAACCUCACGCAUAUCGUUGAUAUCAUCUUCGUCAGUGACCAUGGGAUGACGGACACCAGUCACCCAACUUGGGUAUAUGUUGACGAGAUUGUUGGUCAGCCGUGGAAAGGUGUUACCAGGGUGGACGGUUGGCCAUCUAUGGGCUUACGCUUCGCUCCUGGCACGAACGUGACCGAGGCCCUUGAGCGUCUAUGCGAGUACACACUUACCCACCCAGAUCAGUUUGAUGUGUUUACGACUGAGAGCUUCUCUACCGACCCUGGCACCUCAUUGGUAGACCUCGACGCAUUCAACUACGGUAAGAUGUCUGCAGGUACAGUGGAGCCUAUGCCAGAACGAUACCAUUUCUCUCGCAAUUACCGCAUCGCCCCUGUGUGGAUUGUCCCGCGCGUGGGCUACGCGCUGACUGACCGUACGGACGGCGAAGAUGGAAUGUCAACUGGAAACCACGGCUAUGACAACGAGGACUCGUCGAUGCAUGCCAUGUUCGUUGCCCAUGGGCCUUUCUCGCAGGGUGCGAAGGCUGCCGUGGUCGCACGAGGAGAGUGCGAUGGUACAGGAGAAUACGUAAUGCCAGGGUUCCAGAAUGUCGAGAUUUACAACCUCGUGAUGCGAUUGCUGGGCCUCGACGCUGCAGAUACAGCUAUAACCAACGGAACCGCUGGAUUCUGGGAUACGUUUGUCUUGCCAGAUGCUUGA